AUGCCCGUCACCCCCCCAGUCGCGGCUGUUCGCGUGUGCAGCGGCGGUCGCUGUGGGGGGGAGAGGGAAAAGGGGAAGGAAGUGGCAGCAGAACGCUGUGGGGGGGAGAGAAGAAAAGGGGAAGGGAGUGGCGGCGGAACGCGGAAGGGUGCUGGCCCGUGGGGGAUGGCUGGGGAAGGGGGAGUGGUGGGGGUGAUGGGGGGGAGGCUAUGGGGGUUGCGGGGGUGGGUGAUUCAGCAGCAGCAUCAGCCGCCUUCUCCUCCUCUCAUCCCCUGCCCCGUACUUCCCGUACCUCCCCGUGCUUGCCCCGUGCCGUGCCCGUUCUGUCCUGCCCGUGAUUGUGCCCGUGGUUAUCCCCGUGUGCUGCCUGUGUUUUGCCCGUGUUCUGCCCGUGAUCCUGCCCGUGAUUCUGCCCGUGAUUCUGCCCGUGAUGCUGCCCGUUAUUACACCCGUGAUUCUGCCCGUGCUGCUGCUUGUGAUUGUGCCCGUGGUUAUCCCCGUGUGCUGCCUGUGUUUUGCCCGUGUUCUGCCCGUGAUCCUGCCCGUGAUUCUGCCCGUGAUUCUGCCCGUGCUGCUGCCCGUGAUUGUGCCCGUGGUUAUCCCCGUGUGCUGCCCGUGAUUAUCCCCGUGUGCUGCCCGUAUUUUGCCCGUGUUCUGCCCGUGAUCCUGACCGUGAUUCUGCCCGUGAUUCUGCCCGUGUUGUCGCCCGUGAUCUUGCCCGUGAUUCUGCCUGUGAUCCUGCCCGUGUUGCUGCCCGUUCCCGUGCCAUACUGCUCGUGCCCGUUCCUGUGCUGUCCUGCCCCGUUCUGCCCGUGUUGCCCCGUUCAGCCCGUGUUGCCCCGUUCUGCCCGUGUUGCCUUGUUCAGCCCGUGUCCUGCCCCGUUCAGCCCGUGUUCUGCCCUGUUCUGCCCGUGUUGCCCCGUUCAGCCCGUGUCUUGCCCCGUUCAGCCCGUGUUCUGCCCUGUUCUGCCCGUGUUGCCCCGUUCAGCCCGUGUCCUGCCCCGUUCUGCCCGAGUUGCCCCGUUCAGCCCGUGUCCUGCCCCGUUCUGCCCGUGUUGCCCUGUUCUGCCCGUGCUGCCCCGUUCUGCCCGUUUGUGCCCUACCCGUGCUGUCCGUACCCGUUGGUGCCCCACCCGUGCUGUCAGUUCUCGCUCGUGCCCCACCCAGUCUGUGCUGCCCGGUCUCGUGCUGCUCGUCACCCCCGUGCGGCCCGUCCCGUCCAGCACCUAG